AUGAAGAAGACACUGCUUCUCUGUUUCAUCCACGGCUUCAAGGGCACGGAUUCCACCUUCGAAAACUUCCCCUCCGAUCUGCGAGCGCUGCUUGCGCACAGCCUUCCCAAUCUCGAUGUCCUGAGCGUGCAGUAUCCGCGGUAUGAAACGAGGGGGGAGUUGAAAGAGUGUGUGGGGCGGUUCAAAGAGUGGUUGCAAAACAAAGUUAUUGAUCUCGAGGUCGCUAAUCGGACUCCUUCGCCCACCGUCGAUCCGUCGGUGCAUGUCGUCCUAUGCGGACAUUCUAUGGGCGGGAUUGUGGCUGCGGAGGCAUUGUUGAGUAUUGCUAGACCAACAAAUCUCGCCCCUCCUACAGAAGAGGAAGAUCGAGCAUCUUCUGCUCCGCCUGCGAACUCUACCGCUCUCUUCUUCCCUCACAUUUCGGCCGUGAUAUCAUUCGACACACCAUACCUUGGUAUAAGUCCGGGCGUGCUCGCGUACGGUGCCGAGGAGCAACUCAACCACGCCUCGUCCGCGUACAAGGCAUUCGACUCCGCCAGUUCCUUCUUCGGCUGGAACUCCCCCAAAAACACAACCCCAAUCCCCGACGCAGCGAGCAGAGGGCUUCCGGCGCCCGCAAACGCAAGCAGUGGAUCAUGGAACAAAUGGGGCAAAUACGCCGCUUUCGGAGGCGCGGCCGCUGCUCUGGCCGGUGCCGCUGGCGCAGCGUAUCUCAGCCGUGACCAGAUUAGCAAAGGCUUCUCAUGGGCGGGAAGCCAUCUCGAAUUCGUCAACACGCUCGCGCGAGGCGCCGAACUGCAGAAGCGAGUGGAGAGGGUGGUGCAGCUCACUCAAUCGCACCACGUGGGCUUUGUCAACUUCUACACCGCUCUGGGGGAUAAACGCUCGACUCACACAAAGUAUGCCGGUGCGCUGCUGGAUAAGGACAGGACGUUCUGCGAAUUUGCUCGCGAUUCUUCGAAGAGUAAAGGGCACUGGAUCCGCUCUGUGAAUGAGGCUGUGGGUGAUGAAGUCCAGGCGCAUACGUCGAUGUUUUCGAGGAAGGCGAAUCCUGGGUAUCACGCUAUGUUACCGGCUGCGAGAGAUGAGAUUGUCAACUCGAUCGACCGGCGUUGGUAUGGGGCUUUGGGCAGUGACCAUACAGCGGAUCCAAGGGCCUCCGAUUGGAAUGAUAACGACGAAGACGCUGCUGGUGGUGCAGACAUGGGGGAAACCGAGGAGAUGGAAGCUGCAGGGUGA